AACUGCGCGCUCAAAGCUUCAGAGGGUCGCCGCCGCGUCUGCGCAUGGGGAGCUGGUUGCCGCUGCAGCCGCCUGGAAUUGUGGGGGUUGUGUCUAACCCCUCGGCUGCCGGGCAGGAAGCCGAAGGGCCUGCCCCCUUCCAAGAUGGCUCUUCUGGGAAUGCUGCUUGGGCUGCUGAUGGCUUCCUGUUUCACCUUCUGCCUCAGUCAUCAGAACCCGGAGUUUGCGCUCACCAGCCCAGAGAAGAGCAGGACCAAAGAAGCAGACAGAAAGGAAACCACAGCAGAAGAGGAGCUGGACUCUGAGGUCCUUGAGGUGUUUCACCCGACCCAUGAGUGGCAGGCCCUUCGGCCAGGGCAGGCUGUCCCUGCAGGAUCCCAUGUGCGGCUGAAUCUCCAGACUGGGGCAAGAGAAGUGAAACUUCAAGAAGAGGACAAGUUCCAAAGUAAUUUGAAAGGGUUGAAAAAAGGCAGAAGGCUGGACAUCAACACUAACACCUACACAUCUCAGGACCUCAAGAGUGCUCUGGCAAAAUUCAAGGAGGGGGCAGAAGUGGAGAGUUCAAAGGAAGACAAGGCAAGGCAGGCCAAAGUUAAACGACUCUUUCGCCCCAUCGAGGAGCUGAAGAGGGACUUUGAGGAGCUGAAUGUUAUCAUUGAGACUGACAUGCAGAUCAUGGUACGGCUAAUCAACAAGUUCAAUAGUUCCAGCUCCAGCUUAGAAGAGAAGAUUGCUGCACUCUUUGAUCUUGAAUAUUAUGUCCAUCAGAUGGAUAAUGCACAGGACCUGCUUUCCUUUGGUGGCCUUCAAGUGGUGAUCAAUGGGCUGAACAGCACAGAGCCCCUGGUGAAGGAGUAUGCUGCAUUUGUGCUAGGAGCUGCCUUUUCCAGCAACCCAAAGGUUCAGGUAGAGGCCAUUGAGGGGGGAGCCCUACAGAAGCUGCUGGUCAUCCUGGCUACGGAACAGCCUCUCCCUGCAAAGAAGAAGGUCCUGUUUGCGCUGUGCUCCCUACUGCGACACUUCCCCUAUGCCCAGCAGCAGUUCCUGAAACUGGGGGGCCUGCAGGUGCUGCGGAGCCUGGUGCAGGCAAAGGGUACAGAGAUGCUGGCUGUGCGUGUGGUCACUCUGCUUUAUGACCUGGUCACUGAAAAGCAGAUGUUUGCUGAGAAGGAGGCCGAGCUGACCCAGGAGACCUCCCCGGAGAAGCUGCAGCAGUACCGCCAGGUGCUCCUCCUGCCAGGCCUGCGGGAGCAGGGCUGGUGCGAGAUCAUCGCACACCUCCUGGCCCUCCCUGAGCAUGAUGCCCGAGAAAAGGUGCUGCAGACGCUGGGCGCCCUCCUGGCCACCUGCCGGGACCGCUACCGCCAGGACCCCCAGCUCAACAGGACGCUGGUCAGCCUGCAGGCUGAGUACCAGGCUCUGGCCGCCCUGGAGCUCCAGGAUGGCGAGGAUGAGGGCUACUUCCGGGAACUGCUGGGCUCCAUCAACAGCUUGCUGAAGGAACUGAGAUGAGGCAGCUCCCUGCCACCGGGACUGGACUGGGACAUUAGUGAGGCUGACGGACACCAGCUUGGGUGGGCUCCUCAGGGGACAGUAGCCAGGGGGGAGGACUUCCCUACUGGGGCCAGGGCAUCAUCUGGGCAGUGCCGGCUUGACCAUUAAAUGGAGGCAUGAGG